AUGAUACCUAGAAAGAUAGUAACACUCAUGUUCUAUUGUCUACUCCAGGUACAUCUCAUAUCAGCAAUCCCCUACGAGGCGUAUGGGAUUAAUAAACAGUACCCUCCAGUAGCGAGAGUUAAUGAACCAUUUAAUUUCCAAAUAUCGAAUGAUACUUUUAAAUCAACAGUUAACAAAUAUGUUCAAAUUGAUUAUCAGGCAUUCAAUCUUCCUGAUUGGCUAACUUUUGAUAAAUCUUCAAGAACAUUUUCAGGAACUCCCCCUUCAAGUGUAAUUUCAUCUGAAAAUGAUGAUCCAGAAUAUUUCAAUUUUAUCUUACAGGGGAUAGAUGAAUCUGAUGAUUAUGCCUUAAAUGAAACAUAUACAUUUGUUGUUACAAAACAUUCUUCUGUAGAAUUGGCAAGCAAUUUUAAUUUACUAGCAUUUUUAAAGAAUUUUGGUAAUACAAAUGGUGCAGGAGGGUUGAUUUUAUCACCACAUGAAACUUUUAAUAUUACAUUUCAAAGAAAUGAUUUCAUAGAUACUUAUGACGCAAGUGCUCCGUUAUAUUUCUAUGGUCAAUCACAGCAAUAUAAUGCUCCUUUACCUAGUUGGUGUUUCUUCGACAGUGGCUCAAUAAAAUUUAGUGGGACUGCUCCUGCUGUCAAUUCAUAUAUUGCCCCUGAAUAUUCUUAUUAUUUGAGUUUAAUAGUAACUGAUAUUCCAGGGUUUUCUGCAUUAAAUGUACCAUUCCAAAUUGUCAUUGGUGCUCAUCAAUUGACUACUUCAGUACAAAACACAAUUCUAAUUAAUAUUACAGAUGAAAAUUCAUUUGAUUAUAAAAUACCUUUAUCAGACAUUUAUCUAGAUGGUACACCCAUAAACACUGUAGACAUAGGAAAUAUGAAUUUACAAGAUGCUCCUUCAUGGGUGACUUUGACUAACUAUACUAUCCAAGGUACAGUACCAGAAUCUUCUACUAAAACCUCAGCAAAUUUCUCAUUAGCAUUCUAUGAUAUUUAUGCGGAUGUCAUUUAUUUGAAUUUUGAAAUCGUUAGAGCUACAAAGACAAAACUAUUUGCAGUAUCUUCUUUACCCAAUAUUAAUGCAACUCGUGGCAGAUAUUUUUCAUAUGAAUUCUUAUCUUCACAGUUCACAGAUUUGGCAGAUACUGAUGUCUCUAUAGAUUUCUCAAAGGUAAAUGGUGAUCAUGACUGGCUAACUUUUGAUUCAAAUAACUUAACGCUCCACGGACAAGUCCCCAAAAAUUUCGAUAAAUUUGACUUAGGCCUUGUGGCAAUGAAGGAAGAUGAUAGGCAAGAACUUAAUUUUAACUUAAUCGGAAUGAAUCCAAUUAUUUCCUCAUCAUCUAGCCAUAGCCAUAGCCAUAGUCAGUCAUCAUCAUCAUAUGAACAUAGUUCAUCAUCAUCUUAUAAGCACAGUUCUUCAUCAUCUCAUGAGCACAGUUCUUCAUCUCAUCAUUCAUCCUUUCACUAUUCGUCAUCCUCCCAUCAUCAUUCAUCGUCAUCUUUUGAUUAUUCGUCAUCCUCCCAUCAUCAUUCAUCGUCAUCUUUUGAUUAUUCGUCAUCUUCUCAUCAUCAUUCAUCAUCCUCUUAUUAUCACUAUUCAUCCUCUCAUUCCCAUUAUCCAUCUUCAUAUUCUCAUUUCAAAUCACAUUCAUCAUCUUCAAGUCAUAAUUCAACAUCUACACAUAAUUCAACUACAAUUGCACCAACAAAUUCAACAAGAAUCACUUCCUCUUCAUCAUAUUCAUCUAUCAUUAGUUCAACAACUUCAUCUACAUACCCUGCAUCUUCCUCUGCUGGAAUUCUAGUUCCAGCAUCAAAGAGAAAAUCAUCCCAUGCCACCGCAAUUGCUUGUGGUGUGGCCAUCCCAAUUGGCUGUAUCUUGCUUGCUGCAGCUAUCUUCUUUUUCUUUUGGAGAAAUAGAAGAAAUCAAGAUAAUAAAAAUGAAGAUCCUGAAGAUCCAAAUUAUUUUGAUAAAUCUGCCACACCAAUUAACAGUAACAGCGGAGGUGGGGGUAAUGCUGGUAGUAGAACUGGACGCUCUCCAAUAUCUAAGAAUCAAAUUUCUAAUCCUGUUGUUUUAGGAGGACCUGUUCCUGCUCCAGUUUUUGAUACAGAUGAUAGUGAUGCUUCAACAUUCCAGGAUAAUAACAGAAACUCCAUGCCUAUUUCGGAAGAUAAUUCUAAUGCAAGAAGAUUAGGUGCUUUAGCAGCAUUGACCCUAGAUAAUAACACAGAUUCUUCUGAAUAUUCUUCCAUCGAUUAUGAUGAAAAGAAUGUAACUCCAGUUACAGAAAAACAUAUUUCUAAUACAAAUGAAGAUUUAGAUUCUAUAAGUACACAAUCUGUUGCUACUGCCGAAUUAUUAAAUCCAUUUCAUCCUGAAGUUGCUGAUGGAAAUAAUAAUGGCUUAAACGAUAGAACUACUUCAAUGUAUAUGGAUAAACAACCUGCGACCAGGAAAUCAUGGAGAUAUAACAUGACUGUUCAGGACAAAAACCCAAAUAGAGAAAGUUAUCUCUCUGUUAACACCGUUACUACUGAAGAAUUAUUGAAUACUCAGAUCACAGAAGAUGAGGAUAUGUUAAGAGAUCCAAACAAAUCUACUCUAGAUACCAGAGAUUCUGUGUUUCUAAUGAGAGGUAUAACUGCUUCUCCAACUACUUUCCAUUCUCCUAUUACAUCUACAAAUUCGUCUCCAAGAAAACCACUUCCAAAAUAUGAUUCAAAAGCUUCCAAUCUACACAAACUAAUUGAAGAAGGUAGCUCAGUUAUGAAAAGCCCAAUGAGUGCAUCGACUUCCUCUUCAGAUGAAUUAAUCCCUGUGUUAAAUGGUAAGAGAUAUAGUUGGGUUCAACGCCAAGGCUCUACUAAAGAUCCAAGCAAGAGAAAGAAAUUUGUAGAAGUUGGUAACAAUAGUAAGAUAAGUAUUGGACAAGUUUCCAAUUUAAAAGGUAGCGUACCAGAAGAACUUUAA